AUGAUUUAAAAUGAGAUAGCGGAAUGCAUGAAAAAGAUGACGACUUACCUUGAUUAGAAUGGUUACAAGAAAUUCAAACUAUUCUAAGCUUAACCAAAUUAUUUUGAUUUGAACUAUGAGGAGAGGAAAGAAUUAUUAUAAGCACCCUCUGUAGAUCAUUUAUGCAAAUCUAUUAUCAUGGAAAAUACAAAAUACGAUGACUCCUAUCCUGAUAAUGAAGUCAACCCAAAAUAUAUCUGUGUAGUAGUUCAAUACAUCACAAAACUAUAAGGAGAAAAGAUUAAUAAAUAUUUUAAAUAGUUAUAGAAUCAGAAGUAUCCUGAUAAAUAAAUUUCUAGAAAUAAAUUACAUUUCAGAUUAACCUCAGAUGAAAUGUCAUAUCAAUUAAGUGGAUAUUAAUUUAAUGCAAUUACCCCUUUUAAUAUGGUGCAAAACAUGCCUCUCUUGAUUUCUGAUAGAAUAUUGAAUUUGGAGUAUAUAUGGUUUGGAGGUGGACAUACAGAUGUUAAAUUGAGGAUGGAUAUAAAAGAGAUGUGUACUCUUUAUCCCAAUAAAGUCUAUUAUUCUGAUAUUAUAAUGCCAUAACAAGAAUGA